UUCAGUAAAAUUUCCCUCUUUCGUUCGCUCGCUGCGCUUUGCCAAUACUCAGCCUCCAACUCCACGGAUCAGAUCCGAGGAGUUUGGCAAACCCUAGCUUUGCUUUCUUCAGUCUCGCUCUCUUCCGCCUUCAUCUUCUUUCUCUAACGAUUUGCAGCCAUGGCAGGUUUGGCUCCAGAAGGAUCCCAAUUUGAUUCUCGCCAAUAUGAUGCUAAAAUGAGCGAGAUUCUUUCAGCUGAAGGGCAGGAAUUUUUUACCUCGUACGAUGAAGUUUAUGACAGUUUUGAUGCUAUGGGGCUGCAAGAAAACCUCCUUAGAGGAAUUUAUGCCUAUGGUUUUGAGAAGCCGUCUGCUAUCCAGCAAAGGGGUAUUGUUCCCUUCUGCAAAGGUCUUGACGUGAUUCAGCAGGCCCAAUCUGGAACUGGGAAGACUGCAACCUUCUGCUCUGGGAUUCUGCAGCAACUUGAUUAUGGUCUAGUUCAGUGCCAGGCUUUAGUUCUGGCACCGACUAGGGAGCUUGCUCAACAAAUUGAGAAGGUUAUGAGAGCUCUGGGAGAUUAUCUUGGUGUUAAGGUUCACGCUUGUGUAGGAGGAACAAGUGUCCGUGAGGAUCAACGCAUUCUUCAAGCCGGUGUUCAUGUUGUAGUUGGAACUCCUGGUCGUGUGUUUGACAUGUUAAGGAGGCAGUCUCUCCGCCCUGAUUCUAUUAAGAUGUUUGUACUGGAUGAAGCUGAUGAAAUGCUUUCUCGUGGUUUUAAAGAUCAGAUUUAUGACAUUUUCCAGCUUCUGCCAUCAAAAAUUCAAGUUGGGGUAUUCUCCGCCACAAUGCCACCCGAAGCUUUGGAAAUCACUAGGAAAUUCAUGAACAAGCCUGUCAGAAUCUUGGUAAAACGUGAUGAGCUUACUUUGGAGGGUAUCAAGCAAUUUUAUGUAAAUGUCGAUAAGGAAGACUGGAAGCUUGAAACUCUAUGUGAUCUCUACGAGACUCUGGCCAUUACUCAAAGUGUCAUCUUUGUUAACACACGCCGUAAGGUCGAUUGGCUUACCGACAAGAUGAGAAGCCGUGACCAUACGGUAUCUGCAACCCAUGGUGACAUGGACCAGAACACCCGAGAUAUAAUCAUGCGUGAAUUUCGGUCUGGCUCUUCUCGUGUUCUUAUCACGACUGAUUUAUUGGCUCGUGGUAUCGACGUUCAGCAAGUGUCUCUUGUGAUAAACUAUGAUUUGCCAACCCAACCAGAAAAUUACCUUCACCGAAUAGGGCGAAGUGGGCGUUUCGGAAGGAAGGGUGUUGCCAUCAACUUUGUUACAACUGACGAUGAGAGAAUGCUUUUUGAUAUUCAGAAGUUCUAUAAUGUGGUCGUCGAGGAGCUGCCAGCUAAUGUCGCUGAUCUCCUAUGAUGAGGUUUUUGGUUUGGUCUUUUUUCUUCCUUUUCUUUUGUUUUUUCUUUUGUUUUUUUAUAGGGAUGGGAUUUUCUCUUAUUUCUGAAGGACUAUUUAUUCCUCUCCAGAACUUUUUUUUCUAAGUAUCUUAACUUUUGUUUUCAUAUAUUAGUAUUUUCAAACUGACAGUUUAUUAAUGAUUUAUAAUGUGUCUCAAGUUGCCUUUAAUUAA